AUGGAGUCCGUGCACGAAUCAAUCAACUCGUAUGCUUCCGACGCCUCAAACGGGAAGUUUCUGCCGCAGUCGUACGUGCCGCAGGCGCAGCAACAAGAUGGGCGCGGCGGCGGGUCGCUGCGAUUGGUGCCAACUGAGACGGUGAAGUCACUACAAGAGAUGGGUCUGUCAUCAGAGAAACCAAUUCCGGAUGUGAACGCGCCCAGCACAUCGGCGGGCGUAAUUUUCCCAGAAGAGUACACACUGGAGACUCCCACAGGCCUGGUGAAGAUUGCGACGCUUGUUUCAUUGGGGAGAACGGGGUCUGCGGUACCGAGAGGGGGAAGUGGUACCGAGCCCGAGAAUGACAAGGGGGAAACCGGGGGGCAAGAACUGGAUGAGGAUAUCGAGCUAGUGACGUUUGUGAUCGGGGACCCAGAAAACCCACACAACUGGUCCUUGAGGCGGCGGUGGGCGUAUACGCUGCUACUGUCUCUUCUUGUCGUAGCUGUGGCCUACGGCUCUGCGUGCGUAACCGCUGGCAUGUGGCUCAUCACCAGAAAAUAUGAUGUCUCAACCGAAGUUGCAAUAUUGUCCUGUUCCCUGGUGGUUCUGGGCUACGGUGUUGGACAGCUGGUUUGGGCGCCUCUGUCAGACCUGUACGGCCGGCGGAUAACGUACUUCACAUCUCUAUUCCUUUACGUGGUAUUUAAUAUUCCAUGUGCGGUGGCUCCCAACAUCCAGACGCUUUUGGUUUGCAGGUUUAUUUGCGGCGUCCUGUCGUCGUCUGGACUAUGCCUAGUCGGCGGCUCUCUCGCCGAUAUGUUUCCAGCCGACCUGCGUGGGUUGACCAUCGCGUUCUUUGCAUUUGCACCAUAUGGAGGUCCGGUAUUUGCGCCACUUAUAAACGGAUUCAUCGCUGUCCGCACAGAGAGGCUUGACCUUAUCUUUUGGGUCAACAUGGCGUUAGCCGGAGCUGUUUGGCUGUUAGUCGCACUGGUGCCCGAAACAUAUGCGCCAAUUAUUUUGAAACGGCGCGCAGAGAAGCUGAGGAAACUAACAGGCAACCAGAAUAUAAUGACAGAACAGGAGGCACAGGGACUCUCCCUGUCGGCCAUGGUGCAGACUUGUCUACUGAGACCGCUGUAUUUCAUAUUCACAGAGCCCGUUCUUGACCUGAUGUGCUUUUAUGUGUGCUUGAUAUACUCGCUCCUGUACGCUUUCUUCUGUGCUUAUCCUGUCAUAUUCAGCGAGCUCUACGGCUACAAGGAUGAUAAGAUCGGGUUGAUGUUUCUUCCAAUUAUCAUAGGCGCGUCUCUUGCCUUGGCCACAACAUAUUGGUGCGAAAAGAAGUACAGAGAAUUGGCUGCUCGUCGUCCAUGUGUUCCAGAAGACCGCUUACUGGGUGCUAUGAUUGGUGCCCCAUUCUCGGCUAUUGCGUUGUGGAUUCUGGGCGCUACCUCCUAUAAACACAUUAUAUGGGUGGGCCCUGCUUCUUCCGGGCUGGCAUUUGGUUACGGAAUGGUUAUGGUUUACUAUUCCCUGAACAACUACAUUAUUGACACAUAUGCGCUCUAUGCAUCUAGUGCACUGGCUGCCAAGGUUUUCCUGCGCUCGGCAGGUGGUGCGGCAUUCCCGCUAUUCACACGUCAGAUGUACCACCGCCUGGGUUUGCAAUGGGCCUCGUGGCUUUUAGCAUUUGUGGCUACUGCAUUAAUUGCGCUACCGUUUGCGUUCGAUCGCUAUGGAGCCGCCUUACGCCGCAGAUUAAGCAAGCAUAAUUAUUCAGGUAUUGAAUAA